UCGAACUCGGGCAGCAACGGCACACGGAAGCAGGCCGCACACUCCGUUCCAACUUCGAAAAACCCUUUAAGAGGCCCCAAAAAAUAAACCGAUCUUAUGAUCUCGAUACAAUUGCACUUCGGUGUGUGAACUGCCAAAAACACCUUGUUAAAGUCGUGCAGACAGGGAAAAAAAAGUGAAAUUCGUGCACUUUUCUCGGUCGUUUCGCAAUCCAAGCGGGGCGUUAAUAAAAAUAAAUAUUACAAAAUUCAAUUAAACCAAUUGGCAGCUCAUAAAAGUUUACGCCAAGGCUAAAUUCGGUUUCAGCUAAGCCAAGAUAACGAAACCGAAAAUAAAAUAAAACGUCGCCGCAGCUUAACACUUUUUAACACUUUCAUUUUCGUUCAUAGUCGUUUUCGUUGGGUUCGUCAUCACAAGCAGCGCGGUCGCCUUUCGUCGAGUGUGUUAAAUAAUAGUAAACAAAAAAGUGAACGAAACUACCACAUUAUUCGGCAAAUGUUCGACAGCUUUGUGAACUAAAAACGGAAACUGCAUUUUAAGUUGAUGCUCGGCACGAUGCAAGCGAAGGUGUUUCUGCUCUGCCUAGUGCUCUCUUUAGGAUCAUUUCUGCCUGUUCGAGGGCAACCGAAUGACGCCCUCGAUGAGGAGCAGCCUCUUCAUUUGACCAACGACGCGUCUUUCUUUCAGCCGCAUCUGCACGACCGAAGACUGGGUCGCCAGCUGGACGAGGACUUGGGACUAAGUCAGAGCUCGGCCAGCAGUGGUAGUAGCAGCAGUCAAUCCAGUUCAAUCGACGAGGAUGAAGACGAUGUGGAGGGCUCCAGCGAGUACUACGAUAGCGAUGAGGAGCAGUCGGAGGGCAGCAACGAAUCCGUUCCCCGUUUGCUCUCACAAUCCACCUUCAAUCGGAUCUCUGAGACCCUGGGAGCUCUGAAUCAUGUGGGCCACAUGCUGGUGGACAUAACCCGCGGUGGACAGGAUCAGGCCAAAACGGAAGGGGUUGAGGACAAGAGUCAGGACAUCAGUCAGUCCUCCAGCCCAGCCUUGGGUGUUUCCAGCACCACUGAAAAGGCUCCAUCAUCUACUUCCUCACCUCUGGGAAAAUCAGAACCCCUUCCAGGAGUCUCAGACAAACUGAUGGACACUCUACCCAUUACACUCUCUGCCAAUAGUCUACUGCCAGCUGGAAAGCCUGCUAAUCUAAGUGUUAUCCAAGUGGCCACGAAGAGGAUCGGCAUAGAUGACACAUCGCCCAUGUUUGUGGAGAACAAGGAGCUCAAGCUGAAGAAGAAAAAGAAGAAGAACAAGAAUAAACUGAAGGUUAAGAAGCCCAGUGAAGAGGUAGUCCCAAUCCCUGCAGUUCAGGGAGCUCAGCAAUCGCAGCAGAAGAUCAAGAUACCCACCACCCCGCGGACCACGACAAGCACCUCGACUACAGAAGCACCCAUCACCCUGAGUCCUUCGGAUCAGUUCGCAGAUGCUAGCGAAGAGGCAGGAACGGGCAAGGAUGUGGAGAACCAUUGCAAGACGCCGAAUGGCAGGCGCGGACGUUGCGAGGAUCUCAGCAGCUGUCCCGCCCUGCUGCUCAAUCUCAGCAGCUUGAGGGAGUCGCUCUGCUUCAAGAGUCUCUAUGUGCCGGGCGUGUGUUGUCCCAUUGCCGCAUCGUCCACUGUCCUGACCACCCAGAAGCCUCUGCGGCUGACCACGCGACCCACAACCACCACCAGCACCACCAAGGCCACGCAACCCACCAAGAAGAGUACUGUCCGCCCCACCACGCGACCCACUUCGGGCCUGGUGCUCAUUCCCCAAAAGAAACCACCAACCACAACGACGACCACCACAACGGAGGUGCCGCUGGAGCCCGAAGGUUUGGACGAGAUGGGCAACAAUAUCGUGGAUCCCGAUGAGUGUGGCCAGCAGGAGUACUCCACGGGCAGAAUUGUGGGCGGAGUGGAGGCGCCGAAUGGCCAGUGGCCUUGGAUGGCGGCUAUUUUCCUGCACGGACCCAAGCGCACGGAGUUCUGGUGCGGUGGUUCUCUAAUUGGAUCCAAAUACAUUCUAACGGCGGCGCAUUGCACCCGCGACUCGCGGCAGAAACCAUUUGCUGCCCGUCAGUUUACAGUCCGGUUGGGUGACAUCGAUCUCUCCACGGAUGCCGAGCCCUCCGAUCCCGUGACCUUUGCCGUCAAGGAAGUGCGCACCCACGAGCGCUUCUCCCGCAUUGGUUUUUACAACGACAUUGCCAUCUUGGUUCUGGAUAAGCCCGUGAGGAAGUCGAAGUACGUGAUCCCCGUCUGCCUGCCAAAGGGUGUUCGCAUGCCGCCCAAGGAGCGUCUUCCCGGACGAAGAGCCACCGUCGUGGGAUGGGGCACCACCUACUACGGCGGCAAAGAGUCCACCAGUCAGCGGCAGGCGGAGCUUCCCAUUUGGCGGAACGAGGACUGCGAUCGCAGCUACUUCCAGCCGAUCAACGAGAACUUCAUCUGCGCAGGAUACUCCGAUGGUGGAGUGGAUGCUUGUCAGGGCGACUCUGGUGGUCCGCUGAUGAUGCGAUAUGACUCUCAUUGGGUUCAACUGGGAGUGGUGUCCUUCGGCAACAAGUGUGGGGAGCCUGGCUAUCCUGGCGUCUACACACGUGUCACUGAGUAUCUGGACUGGAUACGCGAUCAUACGCGGGACUGAUCGUCCAUCUAAUCCAACCGAUCCACCUUAGCCGUAACUCUAGCCUAGGUUUAUGUACGCACUAGUCUAUGUACUCUUAAUGCCCCCUCCCCCGUUCCUGUUCUAUGGGCAGUGUCCUAUUUAUUAACCGCAUCCCAUUGCCAUGAUGCAUGGCAUUUGUUGACUAAGUUAUUAAAUAUUUAAUUUUGACAAAUAAAUUGAGUGACAAAAUAUU